CAACAAAAAAAUAAAAUAUAAAUACUUCGGUCCCACACUGGUCAUCAACCGAGCCUUCCAUUUUCUUUCUCUCUUCUUCUCUCCGCCGCAAUCACCACCGUUGAUCUUUUCUUGAUUCAUCAUGCCCGUUCAUCUCGCCGGAAGUUGAAGAAAGCAAAAAGAGGGUCCGGUAAGGCUCCAGAACGACAGAGUGAUAGAAUAAUAGUCAAUGGCGUCUCCGGCGAAGACGCAGCUAGUAUUAGAGAUCAACUUGAUCUCAGCUCAAGGCUUGAAGCCACCGUCAUCACCACGGAGAAAGUUUCAAACCUACGCUCUCACGUGGAUCGAUUCUUCCACCAAGCUCCGAACACGAGUCGACAAAAUCGGAGGCCAGAAUCCUACAUGGAACGAUAAGUUCCUCUUCCGCGUUACGCCGGAGUUUCUUGCCAGUGAAACCGCCGGUGUAUGUGUAGCUAUCUACGCCGUUGGUACCUUCCGUGAUCACAUAGUCGGUACAGUCAGAUUCCUCAUCAGCAAUAUUCUCUCUUCCGACUCCGCCAACGGUAACGGUAACAGAAGUCCUUGCUUCAGCGCAGUUCAAAUCCGUCGGCCGUCGGGGAGUUUCUACGGCGUGAUGAACAUCGGAGCAAUGGUGGUAGACGGUUCUGGUUUUCCGGCACUGGAGAAAAUAUCGGCGAUAGGUUACCGUGACCUGAUGGGAGAAAAGAUAAAAGACCGCCGGAGAAAGUCACCGGAACUGAAACCGAAAGAGGCGGUGGCCGGAGAUGAAGUUUCGAGUGAAUCUUGCGAUAAUGAUACUUGUUGUACGGAAUCUGUGGAUGAAAUGGAGUCAUCAACAUCGACGUCGACGUCUUCUUCGUCGCCGAAAACGACGGCGUUGCAGGAUUGGAAUGGAGUGAGAGAAUUGGCGGGAAAUAAAGGAUUAGCGGGUGCAGGAUUCUUAUGCUGUUUGGUUGCACAGAGAAGUGUUCGCUCUCUCUCUCCUACCACUACCAGGUAACCAUGAGAGAGAAAAAAGAAAGAGGAAAAAAAACUACUCUACGGUUGGUAGUAGUCUAAUAUUGCGUUAUCACAGAUUGAUUGAUGGACGGUGGAGAUUUUUCUGGCAACAACUUCAAAAACUCAGUGUUAUUGUUUUCCCAUCCUUUGGGACUAUUAUGAUAUUAUCAAAUCAGUCCCUAUUCUUUGUUUGUUUUACAUUAGAGGACACUCUGUUUUUUCAGGCUUUUUACUCUUGCUUUUUUAAUUCAAUCUUUCAUGAAUACAUAAAAAGUUUAGAAGGAUAA